AUGCAACAACUUGAACAACUAGAAAAACAACUUGAAUUAUUUGGGCAAAAGGUGAAUGAAAUGGGAGAGUCAUUAAAGUCACUUUCUAUCGUCCAAAAUGGUACUGAAGAAUUAAUUAAAAAAACAAGGGCAUUACGUGAAACAUCACAAAAACAUCAUCAAGAAUUAUUAGAAGCAUUAAAUAGCCAUCAACAAACUAUUGAAAGACAAAUUAGUGAAAUUCGAAUUGCAAUGGGAUGUGGUAUUGCUGGUGAAAGAAGAAAUCCAUUGAGUGAUGAGGACAUUCAACGAAUAGAAAUUUUAACAGGAAAAACAGCUGGGGAAGUAAUAUAUCAAGCUUCAGUUGAUGGAUUUAAUAACAAUAAUUUCAAUGAGAAUGUUGGUGGAAAAGAAUCAAUUGUAUUAGUUAUAUUUGAUAGUGAAGGAAAUGUGUUUGGUUCAUAUAAUUCAAAACAAAUUCCUGAAAUAAAAAAAGAAGAAAUAGAAACUAUUCCAGCAAAAGGGUUGUAUAAUGACAUUGACCACUUCUUAUUUGUAUUAAGAAAGAAAGGAGUUUCAGAUGUAAGAAAAUUUACAAGAAAAGCUGACGGAUAUUCAUUAUGGGUAUUUGGUAGUAUUGAUAAUCUUCUUUCAGUUAAUGGCGCAUUUGUUUUAGUAAAUGAAUGUAAUAGGUCAUUUGAUUCAUCUAUUUCAGGAAAUUUCCGAAGAGAAUAUGAUGAAGACAUGUUCAUUGAUAAAAAGAAAUUUAUGGUAAGAGAUAUUGUUGCUAUUUCUUUUAAUUAA